GGGAUCCCGCCUCCUUUGGCGCGCUGGAGGGCUUGACGUCACCGCGUGCUGGCGGGAAACGUCGGGACCCGCUCGGCGCGUCCGUGGAAAUGGCAGAGCCGGAUUCGGAUAGCGACGAGGUGGUGCUCACGCCGGCUCAGCUGAUCUGCAGCUUGGAGCAGGCUUGGAUGAAUGAGAAAUUUGCCCCCGAACUGCUAGAAAGCAAAUCAGAAAUCGUUGAAUGUGUCAUGGAGCAGCUUGAACAUAUGGAAGAGAAUUUGAAACGAGCCAGACAAGGGGACCUUAAAAUCAGCAUUCACCGCAUGGAGGUGGAACGAAUCCGUUACGUUCUCAGCAGUUACUUGCGCUGCCGAAUCCAGAAGAUUGAAAAGUAUUUCCCCCACAUCCUGGAGAAGGAAAAAACUCGGGCAGAAGGAGAGCCACCCAUCCUGUCCCCAGAGGAGUUUGCAUUUGCCAAAGAGUACAUGGCAAACACAGAGAAUCAUCUCAAAAACGUUGCGCUGAAGCAUAUGCCUCCAAACCUGCAGAAAGUUGAUUUUCUCAAAGCUGUUCCCAAGCCCAACCUGGACUCCUUUGUCUUCUUGAGAGUGAGAGAGAGACAAGAAAACAUAAUGGUGGAGCCGGAGCGUGAUGAGCCAAGAGAAUAUGUGAUUGAUCUGGAUGAAAACUCCCAGCAUUUGAUCCGCUACAAGACAAUUGCUCCCCUGGUGGCCUCAGGGGCAGUUCAGCUCAUCUAGACCAGAUGGACUUACAGCCACCUUUCUGCAAAGAGACUGAGCAGAAGAAAGAGCUGGGGAGUUAGGGCUGAAUGUUCCUUCAUGCCUAACUCUGGGAAUUUGACUCCACUGGCUUGAUUUCAACAUCAGAUGCCUGAAGUACUGUUACUGCUGCUGAAACAAUGAUGUGCAAUUCUGCUCCUGGGAAAUGGGGUCCAACGAAGGGGAGGUGGUGGCAUUGGAGAAAAGAUUUGGAAAGUGGAAAUGGUUUAGCCCAGCAACUUGGCUGCUCAAAGGUCAUAUCAUUACCUGCCCAGCAGGGGGCAGUAGGCCUGUUCUGGAAGGGCCAGGUUCAAGCAACAGAAUGAAAAGAUGUCCUUGGA